AUGGCAGCUGUSACUGGGUGGAUCCUUUUAUUGUGUACACUUCUCUGUGGGCAAGAGGUGAAGACUCAGAACUGCGGACAGGCUCCCCUCAACACAAAAAUAGUGGGUGGUGACUCAGCCGCCGCUGGCGCAUGGCCCUGGCAGGUCAGCAUUCACUACAAAUCCAGCCACAUCUGUGGAGGGACCCUCAUCAACAACCAGUGGGUGCUCACAGCAGCCCACUGCAUUUUAUCACAAUCACUGAAUCUGUGGACUCUGUACUUUGGAAGACAGACUCAGGCAGGCCCAAAUGCUAAUGAGGUUGCAGGCAGUGUGUCCCUGAUCAUCGUCCAUCCAAAGUAUAACAACACGCAGUACAACAAUGACCUUGCCUUGAUGAAGCUCAGCAGCCGGCUCACUUUCACCCUCUACAUCAGUCCAAUCUGCCUUGCAAGCAGCUCCAGCCAGUUCUUCGACACCACUUCCUGCUGGGCUACUGGCUGGGGAAGAAUUAAUCCGAAUGUGUCCCUGCCAGAUUCCUCGGCACUGCAGGAGGUUCAGAGUCCAGUCGUCGGAAACAAUCAGUGUAAAUGCACGUACAUCCCAACAGGCACGCCCAUCACUAACCAAAUGAUUUGUGCGGGAAUACAGGACAAAGGCACAUGCCAGGGAGACUCCGGGGGACCUUUGCAAUGCAGACAAGGCUCAUCCUGKAUCCAGGCUGGCAUCACGAGUUUUGGAAUACCUUGUGCCACCGGUCGUUUCCCUGAAGUCUACGCCCGAGUGUCAGAGUUUCAGGACUGGAUCAACAGUCAGGUGGCCGGCAGCACAGUUAACUUUGUGACAUUUACUUCCAGUGGUGUCAACCAAGAUAGCAGCUUUGUGUGUAACAACACGAUCGUUUUAAGUUCAGGACAAGUUUCGUUAAAGUUUUCACUAAUCAUCCUAGUCACAAGUGCUGCUGCACACAUUGUAGACCUAUAAGACCUGUUUGACAUUUCUUGAUGCACUUUAACAUGGUUUACAAACUAUUUAGGGUUUAGACA